GAUCCCCCCGCGGUGCGGGAGGCCCCCGUGGGCGACGCGCGGCGCUACUUUGGCGGAUGGGACUCGUGGAGUGACUGGGGCACUCACGGACUCCCUUGGCGUGAGUGGGGAAGUUCAUGGUCCGAGGAGCAGCGGCGCUGGGGCCCCCUCAGGCUGGAGCCGGACGCGGCGCCCGCCCAGCACGGGUGGGCGACGGAGGCCAGGGCCGACCCGGACAAGAAGUACGUCCCCGAGUGCGACGGCAAGUCGGUGCCGCUCCGUGCCUGCGAGCGCCGGGUGAAGAUUUUUGAGCUGAACACUUCGAUCCCGCCUCAGCGGCGGGGCGGUCGGCUGCUCUCCAGGCUCAAGGGGGGCGCUGCGGCGAAGGCGGGGAACUUCGACCCCGAGGCGCUCGCCGUGCCCGACAGCGCGCAGGUGAUCCUGUGCUACCUGCACAGCAAGUGCGACCUGCAGGAGACGCUGAAGGUUGGCACGCUGGUUGGCGAGCUCGUGGAGAAGCUCGCCCGCAACGUUAGCGAGGAGGCGCUGGCCUUCGAGCCGCGCUGCGAGACGAAGAUCCGCGAGCUCGAGAAGGCCAUGGGCGACCCUCUGAACAAACACCUGCAGGCACGCCACUUCCUCAUGAAGCUGCGAGUGGACGGCGAAAAGGAGAGCCAUAUCAUCGCAGACGCUGGCACCGAACUGGUCUACACGAAGCUGUGGGGCUCCGCCAAGUUGCGCCUGCCCCGCGCAUCGACGCCGCGGGGGAUGUUAACCCUGCCGCCAAGCGCGGGCGGCGGAGGCGGAGCCCACCGAGAGUGCCUGAACUGGAACCGUCGAAGGCCAGGAAGGGCCGCGGGCCGAGGCGGGGGGCGCGCCGUACACGCGGCGCGCGGGGGCCAGAAGGGCGACCCUGAUGGCGCCGCGGAGGACGACGGCGAGGGGCCCGAAGAUGCGGAGUACGACGAGGAGAUGGAGUCUGAGGACGAUCAGGGGGAAGAAGCGGCUGAUCACGAAGGGGUUCCUGAGGAGUUACGGGCCAUCCUGACGGAUAGCACCGCGAUGAUGACCCUGGCAAAGAAGGGCCGCGCCGAGGCGGAGAAGGCGCGCAACUUCUACCGCGGCGGCGCAAAUGGAGGUAGCG